UGGAUCCUGAUGUUGCUAACGGAGCGCUGGAUGACCUGCCCAAAGGGCAGAGCUGAAGGCCGGGACUUAUGGGACGUGAAGGAAGAGCUCGGGAUCCCUUCUGGAUUGGAACUUCAAGAAAGGAUGGGGGGCCCCAGGAAAUCUAUGCAGUAAAAGAGACUCCGCUCGGACCGACCUGCCUGUUUACACCUAAACCUUUCCCCUUAGGAGCCGAGUGAGACCUUCGUAGGCAUCCAGCGUCACAACAGGCCAACUCAGGGAUGAGCGCAGGCAGAGUCAACCCUUACAGCAUAGUAUCUUCCGAGGAAGACGGGUUGAUCUUGACCACCAUGCCUGGCAUGAAUGGCUUCGGCAACGGCAAGAUCCACACGCGGAGGAAAUGCCGGAACCGAUUCGUGAAGAAAAACGGCCAGUGCAAUGUCGAGUUCACCAACAUGGAUGACAAACCUCAGAGGUACAUCGCCGACAUGUUCACCACCUGCGUGGACAUCCGUUGGAGGUACAUGCUUCUGCUCUUCUCGCUCGCUUUCCUGGUCUCCUGGUUAUUGUUUGGCCUCAUCUUCUGGCUGAUCGCCCUGGUCCACGGUGACAUCGAGAAGCCCACGAAAGACGAGACCUUCACCCCUUGCCUCCUGCAGGUGAACGGCUUCGUGGCCGCGUUCCUCUUCUCCAUUGAGACUCAAACGACCAUCGGUUACGGCUUCCGCUGCGUAACCGAGGAGUGUCCCCUGGCUGUCUUCAUGGUGGUCCUUCAGUCCAUUCUCGGCUGCAUCAUCGACUCCUUCAUGAUCGGCGCCAUCAUGGCGAAAAUGGCCAGGCCGAAGAAGAGAGCUGAAACGUUGCUGUUCAGCCACCACGCCGUGGUGGCCAUGAGGGACGGCAAGCUUUGCUUGAUGUGGAGAGUGGGCAACCUUCGGAAGAGUCACAUCGUUGAGGCUCACGUCCGAGCUCAGCUCCUCAAGCCCAGGAUCACCGAAGAAGGAGAAUACAUCCCUCUGGACCAGAUAGACAUAGACGUUGGUUUCGACAAAGGCUUGGAUCGCAUUUUCCUGGUCUCCCCCUUGACCAUCCUUCACGAGAUCAACGAGGAGAGCCCCCUGUUCGGGAUUAGCCGGCAGGAUUUGGAAACGGACGAUUUCGAGAUUGUGGUGAUUCUGGAGGGCAUGGUAGAGGCCACGGCCAUGACCACCCAAGCUCGGAGUUCGUACUUGUCCAGCGAGAUCCUCUGGGGUCACCGCUUCGAACCUGUCCUCUUUGAGGAGAAAAAACAGUACAAAGUGGACUACUCGCACUUCCACAAGACCUACGAGGUGCCCUCUACUCCCUGUUGCAGCGCCAAGGAUUUGGUGGAGAACAAGUUCCUUCUCCCGAGCACCAACUCCUUCUGCUACGAGAACGAACUUGCUUUUAUGAGCCGCGACGAGGAGGAGGAAGAGGAGGAGGAGGUGGAGGAAGAAGAUGAAGAAGGCCGCAGAGGUUUGGACAAUCCGUGCUCGGGGGACCCGCCUGAAUUUGAUAGGCUACCAACGACUGUAGGACCUCUCGAUCAACGGUCGUACCGGAGGGAAUCAGAAAUAUGACUCAGGGGCUUCCUCAACGUUUCUUUGAGCUUCUCUUUUCUCCCUCCCUCUCGGUAACUUCCUCCAAAAAAAAAAAAAAAUUAUGCAGAACAAUGCAAAAGUGCCAUAGGGAUGCCUGAGAAUUCGUGUUGGUUUGUCGGGUGUCGCGUUUUGUGGUCUUUAAAGAAAAUAAUUAAGUGCAAUAAUCGCUGAACGGCAAACGGGCUUCAGAACGCUGUCGCCCUCCGAGGUUAGGACGUCCUGCAGGGCAGGUCCCAAUUGGAGGUGGCCCCGUGGGUUUUGCUGCUAGAACAGAGACACACACACAAACACACACGCACACGUUUCUGAGUUGUAUGCUUUGUGGGAGAAGGACAACGCACACUGAGAGGGAGUAUAGGCAGGAGCGGGCUUCAAAAAUGUUAGCAAGGGGUUCUCUGCCCGGUUGCUGGGUGGGCAUGGCCAUGGUGGGCGUGGCCUAAUUGGCCUCCUGCACCAUGAUGGUGGGAGGUGUUUUUGCCCUCCCCAGGCUCUGGAGGCUUUCCUCGAGCCUUCAGGAGGGAGAAAACGGGCUCCCCAGGCUCCGGACGCCCUCUGGAGUUUCCGGUCUUCCCAAACCUCCGGUAGGCCCAUUUUUCACCCUCCCUGAGCCUCUGUGCAUGCCCUGCACUUACCUGCAUCCAAAACGGGCUGCGUGGGGACUCCUGGGAGGGGAGAAGUGGGCAGGGCCAGCCAGGAGUGGGAUUUGGGGGUUCUCCGAACUGCACAGAAUCUUAGCUAGAGGUUCUCCUGAACCCCUGCGAACCCCCAGCAGCCCAGCCCUUGAGUAUAGGUAGUCUCUCCUUCCCUUUGUGGAAAAUUAGUGGUGUUUUUUUUUAAGGCUAGUAUUGUCUUAGAGUGGUUCAAAAGAGGAGAAUGUCAGGAAAUCAGGCGAGGUUGUUUGUCUCAGAUAUACCUACUGCCAAGAGAAAGGGGAAUAUUUUGGACCUCUCAUGAUUUUUACUGAGCUGGUACAGGAAUGGUAAGAGGGCUACAAAGGGUCAAGUGAUGGAACUUCAAGGUUGGUUCUACCGUUAGGUGGAAUGAGGAAGGCCCAAAUUGGCAACUGCACAAGAUGUCUUCUGUAGAAAAACUUACGAACCACAGAGGGACCUUGGGUGGUCAGAAAACCUAGGCUUUCCUCAUAUGUGUUUCUGGUGGGGCCGUUCCACAAGUCCCAGCAGAAGCUUCCACAAGUCACGUUCAAUGCCUGGUGAACAUAUGGAGGCUUCCAUAGGAGUCUUCUUGGCAAUUAUAUAGAAGUGAUUUUGCCUGACCUUCUUCCGGGGAGUUUUCUCAAGGGUUUCUAACCUUUGUUUGGUCCUCUUGUUUUGGUAGGUUCUCCUCUAUCUUCUGACCAGAUCUAGAUUUGCUUAGUUCUUGAGAGUCCAUUUCAGUUGCCAGUUCCAUCUCCAAGUGCUUUGAGAUCCUGGAGAUACACCCACAGAUUGCAGCCCUGCAGUGAGGGUGGGGCUGGAAAAUUCUGCCUCAAGAACCCGUCGUAUCAUCCGUUGACGAUGAUGCCCCCCCCCUCACCCAUCGCACCAUCCUUCCUCAAAGACGGAUGUGCUGGUUUUAAAAACAGCAGAUGCCCAAGCGAAACGAACUCGGGUGAUUUUUUUUUUCCUCCAAGCAAAAGACUUUGGUUAGUCAACAAAGGAGGAAGAGUUGUAGCUCAGGGUUGACACGAGGGGUCCUUGGCGCUCCCUGAGCUUGUUUUAUUUCUUGCAGACCUUUUAUGACCCACACUAGGUAAUAUCAUCAGUGCUAGAAGGAAAUGGGGAUGUGGACAGGAGAAAGGCAGGAGAAGGAGGAGGAGGAGGAGGAGGAGGAGGAGGAGGAGGAGGAGGAGGAGGAGGAGGAGGAGGAGGAGGAGGACUGUUGGGCCCUUGGUGCUCUCUGAGCUUGGUGGUUUUCUUGCAAACCUUUCAUGACCCAAACUAGUAACAUCAUCAGUGCUAGAAGGAAAUGGGGAUGUGGACAGGAGAAAGGCAGGAGGAGGGAGAGGAGGAGGAGAAGGAGGGAGAGGAGGAGGAGGAGGAGGAGGAGAACUGUGGGGCCCUCUGAGCUUGCUUUAUUUCUUGCAGACCAUUCAUGACCCAAACUAGUAACAUCAUCAGUGCUAGAAGGGAGUGGGUUUGUGAAGAGGAGGAGUGGGGAGAGGGAGGGGUAAGGUCUUUGGCACUUUCUUGGAGAGGUUUCAUGACCCAAACUACGUAACAUCUCAGUACUGAUGAUGUUAUCUAGUUUGGGUAUUGAAAAAUCUCCAAGAAAGCGGUCCAAUUCAGACAGACCAAGGGCCCCAUCAUUCUUUUCCUCCCCCUCGCCCCCUCCUCCUCCUCCUCUCCACAAACCAGAGUUUGUGGGUUUCAGCUGACCAUUUUUCGCGCUUAUGGCAGGGGUGAAAUCCAGCAGGUUCUGACCAAUUCUGGAGAACCGGCAGCGGAAAUUUUGAGUAGUUCGGAGAACUGAUAGUAAAAAUUCUGACUGGCCCCACCCCCGUCUCUUCUCUGUCCCAGCUGAUCGGGAGGAAAUUCGGGAUUUUGCAGUAUCCUUCCCCCAGGAGUGGAGAUUUUACAGUAUCCUUCCCCUGCCACGCCCACCAAGCCACACCCAAAGAACCGGGUGUAUAGUAAAUAAAUUUGAAGCCCAACACUGCCACAAACCCAUUCCUUUCUAGCACUGAUGGAUGUUGCCUAGUUGCCUAGUUUGGGUAUUGAAACGUCUGCAAGAAAGCAGUCAAAUUCCGAGAGACCAAGGGCCCCAUAAUUCUCCUCCUCCUCCUCCUCCUCUCCACAAAACCCUCUUCCUUCUAGUACUGAUGAUGUUACCUAGUUUGAGUCACAAAAUGUCUGCAAGAAAGAAAACAAGAGAGCAUUAAGGACCCCCUCGGACUUUCGUUAAACCAGACCGUGUUUAAUCGUCCCCUUUGUAAGUUCAGUGCAAUCUUUGCCCCAAAGCAAACCUUCCCUCCUGUCCUUACACACCCCUCGCUCUGUUGGUGCCUUCUUCUUCACCCAGGCUAUUUCCGAGCACCGCUCAGUCCUCAUCCCACCCACCCGCCCGCCCCCGCCUUUAAUCGGAGUCACAUGGCCAUCCAUCUGGCUGCAGACAUGGGCCAAACCGAGCAGCCGAUCACGUCAGCAAUAAAUGUGAAGGAUGUUGCAUCGGCCGUCGGUUUCUCAGUACUCCCCAUUAGCUGUUACUGUAAAAGCCAGAGAUUAAAAAAUACACACACAUGUGUAUAU